AUGGAGAAACCAACUGGAGGAGAAGUUUUUCUUGACUUGCUGCUCACAAACAGGGAGAGCUUUGUUGAGAAUGUGAAGCUGAAGCUGUUAGAUGCUAGCAUGCAGCAUCCACCAGCAGUUGCAGCUGACAUCCUCUGUCUCUACGAUGUCAGUACUUGUCCAUACACUGAGAUUGUGCACUCUGCAUCCACUGAAUUGGCUGGAAUGCUAGAUUCUUAUUACUUUAAGUGUGGCUUUGUAGAGUCACAUCUUAAGAAGGAGUGGACUUUUAUCCUUCCUAAGGAACAUAAAAUUCAAGUUUGUUUCAAGUGCUUAGCGCCUCUCAAAAUUGGUAGUAGUGCCUGGUUUAGCCAGAUUUACAGAGACCUCAGAAAACAGAUAAAAAAUUCAAGCAAUUCAGAUGUAGCUGAUGGUGGACCCAUUUUUACAGAAAAGUUGAAAAGCUGGACAGAGGUAAAUGAAAGAAGAAUCUUAUUUAGCCACAUUAUUUCCUUGUAUCUGAAAAUGUUUGAGAACAUCGACACGAGUAAAACCCACGUCAGAAAUGUACACGAGUAUCUGCUUGCCAAGAAAAGCAAUCUUGCUAACGAUUACAAAAAGAUAAAUGACAUAAUGGAGUUGGCAAAACUUCCGAUGAGUGAUUUGAAAAUCCAGCGCAAGGCUAUUAAUGAACUUUUCCCCCUCUUACAAAAACUGGACUCCCCAACUGCUCGUUCAGAAAGAAGAAGGAGGCAAAAUUCAAGGGGAUGUAAAUGUUAAUGACUAAGUUUUGUCUAUUAUUAUUAUUAUUAUUAUUAUUUAGAUGUUAUAUAAAUCUAUUUAUUAAUAUUUAACUAUUGCUAUCAACCAUUAUUUAUACUGAAAUCCAAGAAACACCGACAUAUUUAUGAUUUUUACUACUAUGUAAGAAAUGAUUGGGUGCUAUACACUUGCUCUGCAUGAUCUAAUUAGAGAUUAGAUUAAUCAAGUCUGUUGUGCGUUCGAAUUAGAAUGCUCUAGCAUUGCCGUAGCAUCACAUCUAUAAGCCCCUGUGGGUUUAAAAAUGGCUGCUGGGGUGCUUUAACUAAUGCUUAUUGAAUAAGUUUUAGUUAAAGCAUCCUGUGGCCAUUUGUAAACAUGAGGGGGGAUUAAUACAUGUGAUACUGCAACAUUUUAAUGAGAGAAGCUCUCCAGGAACUGCUCUAAUUAAAUUGCCCUCUGUCCACUCCCAAGCACAUGUAUGGGCACCCAAUAUUAGGUAUUAGAUUUAUGAUUAUCUUUUGUAAGUUUAUUCACUGGAUAAUACAGAGCUAUGCAAUAUUUACCUGAUAUUCCCUGUGAACUGCAUGUAAACAUACUCUGUGGGCCACUACUUUCUAAAUAGCUGCUCGGUGCUGUUUUGGCAGCUAUAUUUAAGAUUUUGGCCAAUCAUGUAUUUAUUUGGUAUAGACAAAGGAGCCCAAUUCAGAAAAGCACUUCUGUUCAAGAAUGUACUUUGUAAUCCGCUUAGUUUUAACUACAUACUAAAGUUAAUGUGGUUUAUGAACAUGCUUAGUGUUAAGCAUACAGUGAACUGCUUUUCUGAACUGGGGCCUUGAGGACUGACUAGUGCUAUUUAUUACAUUUGGAAGUCAUUAAGGAUAAGGCUAGUUCACAGCCACCCCUGGAGACAACUCUGUCUCAGUGGGUAUAGCAGUAUGUUAUCUCAGGUGAAUAUGCAAAACAUUGCACUGAUAUAUUAUUUAAGACUCUGAUGGAAGUUGAAAAUCGUUAUUUUGUUAACUUGUUAAUUUAAGAACAGAAACAAUUGAAUAAAAUAUAUUUUUACAUUUAUUCAUUGUGUGCAGUACAUCUUGGUAAAAAUACCAUUUCUACAGUUAUACCAUUGUACUGAUACCAGGGAUGAUUAUAUUUUAUUUCACUAAGUGUGUUACAGAUUUGGUACAAAUACUGAUAACGUCUUUGAAGGAGUGUCAUCAAUAAAACCUUUGGGUCGGUUUUU